AUGAGUCGCCAACGCCCUAGUUUGAGAAACGGGGUCGACAUCCAGCUUCAGUCUGCUUUUCAGGAUGGCAACUGGUCCGUGGCCAUGAGACUGGCCUCGCAACGAGCUCGCACUUUCAACGACCAGUACUUUGAUCUGGACGACCCCAACGCCAAGUUUGCCGCCGUUGCCGCCGUUGACAAAUUCGUCAAGGAUGGGACGGUUGUAAAGGAUGUGGAUGGCAUUGACUUGCUGGAGUGGGCGACGUCAGAACUCCUUCCGGAAGAUGCUUUCUCAGAGACACUCGGCCCUUUGAGGGUCAGGGCCGUCAAGGCGGCGCCAAAGGACAAAAGUGCCGCCACGAGGUCUUUUGCUCAGGAGAGGGACUUUAUGUUUUGGAACAUUGUCAUUACGCACAUGCUGGCCACGAGCAGCCAAUGCUCUCCGAAUCAGCAGAAUUUGUACGGAAUGCUCGCUAAGAAGCAAAUAGAGCGUGCGGCGCAACUUGCCGAGCAGGCUCUUACCUCAGAGUCGGAAGAAGCGCCUGUGCGAGGCAUCAAAACUGAAGAGGAGAUUCUACUAAUGUACGACAUUGUUGAAACGCAUGGUACGGCCGACGACGUGAAGAAGCUCAUUGAAAGCCCCCUGUUCUCCCCCGUUGCCCAAUUCCGACUCGGCAGAAAGGAGCUGUUUCAGCGUACGGCGGCGAUUUAUCGUAAGCAAAAGGAUUGGGAGGCACUGUGCAAUAUUUGCGAAUCAUGCCUGUCACACAAAGACAAGAAUGGGGAGUUAUCGCUGUUGGCCUGCGACUGGCUGGUGUGGAAGAAUUUUAUUCAAGGCGCAGCCCAUCUUAGGAAUUCCAACACAGAAAUCGUGGAAAGGUUGCAAAGCUUGUUGCUUGAGCUGGCGCGGUCCAAGAGCCUGAAACCCAUUUACAAGCGAAACGUCCUUUUGGCUCGUGUUUCCGCCGCGUUCAGUCUGAAAACGAAUGACGACGACGACAUUGAAGACGACCAGCCCUCUUCGUUGCGAUUGAGGGAGCUGAUCAACUAUAUUCAAGAUCAGAAGUCAAGCGCUGCUUGUUUCGACGACGUCAAGGAAUUCUUGGAACAGCUGGACAUCUCGGGCCUGAAACAUGUCGCGUAUAGAUACAUUGCUCAAUUGGCACAAUCUGUGGAUGACCCGGUGGAACGGGCCAGAGUCCUUCUGCUCUCGCUGAAAACACAGUACUUUCUGUCCACUUGUCCCAUUGGACGAAUGUCAAUUGCGGGAGAGAAACCCAGUUCAAAAUGCUUGGUGUGCAGCGCCAAGUUUGAAUCAGAGUCUUGUCCGACAUGUUUGACAAGAAUAUCCGAGGAGGCGUUGGCCUCGCAUCGGGCUACAAGCAAAGACGUUGGCGAGGAUGCCGUCACCCAGAACGAAAUCCUACCAGAGCUCUCCGUGGUUGUUGCAUUUUGCAACAUCAAAUUGGCUUUCCGGAGUCGACCUGGGUACAUUCACUCAUCCCCACCCGUCUCUCAGUAUCUCUUGCGGGCUCUCUUCAUUCUCGAGCACCAGGCUUUCCUCACGCCUAAACACAGCCAAAUCUCUCUUCUGUUGGUGCAGCUACACCUUCUCGUGGGGUCGGCACACAGGGCCCGCGAAGCCUGGCAUGGUCUGGCAGUCAAGAGAACCAUUGUGGACUCGCUUGCGCCCAUAUUCUACGAUCGCUUGUCGACUGUAUCGCCAAUCAUGUUGGACUCGUCUGAUGGCUGGGGCUGGGAACUUGUUGAGACGCUGAGGUCUCAUUAUGCUAAUUCACUAAAGCUAAAGAUGCCUAGGCGGUUAAUCGAUGCUUUUGAAGCAGCUAGCUAUGGAAGCAUCAUUGACAUGCCGAAAUACAUUGAAAAUUUGAGAUUCGGAUGCACGAGAGCAAUGAGUCUUGUUGAGGAAGCUCGGGCAAACAGACUGCUUGGUGAGCCCUGCGGCGAGUUUUUGAAUGACGCUCGAUUCAACGAGGUUUCCGAUGACCUGGUACUGAGAAAUGUUCUUGGUCACGGAUCAUUCCCGUCGUGGGACUGUGGCUCAUCGCGACCAGUUCACGAGCGACUCCGCCUUGGCCCCGGCCCUUCUAAUACCCGAUCCCAUCUAUCACUCUUGGGCGAAGCCCUUCAGGAUAUCCUGUCUUACCGGCCUCCGACAGUCUACAAAGCGGCGGCGGCGGCGGUAACGGGCAUUGACAAGACGUUUGUCGUUGAAAUGAUGGCCCGAAUCGGCAAUUCCAUGUCCAAGUUUGUGCACAAGGCCUCUGGCUACUGCACCACAAGCGAGAUGUUCUACUUCGAGGCUGUCAACCUCCUGGCCGCCUUGAUUCCCCUGUGCGUGAGCAUUGACAAGUCGGUCCCGCUUCCAGACGUCUUUGGUCAAAUCACCGAGGCCGUCACAGCUGCAAUCACAACCCAGCUCGAUGAGCUACCCGAGCUUGACGGAACCGUGGCACAAACUGUGUCCGGGCUCCGGUCGCUCCACGAGGUAACCAUGCUUCGCGACACCGCCAUGGCUGCCAAGUUGGCCGCGCAGUGGAUUUUGUCACUCAACGAGAGAGAAAAGGAACGCGACCGAUCAGGGAGCAGCAACCUGCCGAGGGAGGUAGUAUCGCGAGUCAAAGACCUACAAGCCGGUUCAGAGGCGGCGCUAAAGGAGGGCAAAUCGCACAUUACUAAACUAAAGCAGGAACUGGGCACCGGAAGCGGGCUCGUCGAAAAAUUACGGACCUGGGCAUUUGAAGACGGUGGCAGAGAACUAAAUGAUUUGGUGGAGGACGGCACACUGAAGGAAGUGGUGGAGAGCUGGAGACAAAAUCUUGCGGGUUGGGAACGGCCCUCGCUCGCGUGGCAAAGUAUCCUUCUACAGUCAAGGAUCAAGAUGCCCGAGACAGGCUCGUCGACCGCAGCACACAGCAAAGGCGGCGUGCCGCUACAGAACCCACAACAAACGGGCAACGACGCCGGCGACAGUCGCGUUCCGCUGUCCGCAGAGCCGGGCGUCUACAAGGACGACGGUGCUCGAGAGGUCCCCAUCUCCGCAGAGCCAGGCGUUUACAGGCACGAUGGUCAGAACAGCCCCAAGGAGGGCGUGGCGGGAGACCAGGGCGUCAGGAUAAAGAACCAAGGCCAAGGGAUCGGGUCCAAAGUGUGA